AUGUUGAAGUCUUUCAUUCCGACGCUGGUGCUCUGCAUGUGCGCCUCUCCGUCGUCAGGCGUUCGCCAGAUCCAUGAAUCCCAAGUUACCCAAGGCUUCUUUGGACGUAGCAUCAGCAAAAAAUUCAGCCGCUAUGAUCCAGCAGACGAGGACAAGCUCAACGCGAUCAUUGACGGAUGUGGUGGAGAGCACAACAACCAAUGCAUCCGUAUGAAGUGUGAAGCCACCUGGCCCGACAAGAAACAUUGGGAGGUGAUAGAUUCAGAAGUUGAAGACAAAGAUGAAGACUUCGGCUACAAGGCGAUUAAGAAAAAGAUGUUCAUGAAGUUCAAGUAUCGGGUGCUCUUUAAGUACAAUUUGGGGACCUACGGCCUUUUCAUCAUGGCGGAUCCUAUUCCUCGGCGUUAG